UAAGAAACGCUUUGACAUUCUCGCACAUUUCAGUGCACAACCUGCCGCGGCGCUGAACACCGCGUCGUCGUCCUCUGUCGUGUGUCGCUGUCGCCAGCUUUCCACCAUGCGCGGCAACGUAAAGAAGAACUUUGUGAUGGUAGUGAGCAUUGCCGUACUGCUGGUGUAUCUAUUUCUGACCCUGUUCUACAACGGUGGACGCGGACGGUACGACAACGUGUUGAAGCGGCUAGCACUGCGGGACAGGAGCAACGUCAGUGAAGGUUUACAACCUGUGGAAGAAAUCAAUACCACCACUAUUGCAGCCACUCCAGAUGGUACACCGGUGUUUAAGUACGUCUACACAACGCUGGGAUUAGAUCCACGUUUUCCGGUGCCACCGGGUGAUAUGGGAGUUUCGGUGGAGAUCGACACUAACGACACCGACGUGACAGAUCUGGUGAAUCAAGGAAUGAUACAUCAAGGGCUGAAUCAGUUCUCUUCCGAUCUGAUGUCCGUACGGAGACGGCUGCCGGAAAUUCGUGACCCCUGGUGCCGCGAACCGGGUCGCUAUCGUGCCGAUCUACCCUCCACCUCGAUUGUCAUCGUGUUCUACAAUGAAGCGUGGUCAGUGUUGGUACGCACGGUGCACUCCAUUCUCGACCGAUCGCCUCCGAAUCUAGUGAGCGAAAUAGUGCUCGUGGAUGAUUUCAGCUUUAUGCCUCAUUUGAAAGCCCAACUAGAGGAGUACUUUGCCACCAACCCGAAAGUCCGAAUCGUACGUGCUCCAAAGCGACUUGGAUUAAUCAGAGCCCGCAUGCUUGGUGGAAAGAGUACAAAGACCGAUUUGAUUACGUUCCUUGACGCGCACGUUGAAGUGACUGUGGGAUGGCUGGAGGCACUGAUACAGCCCGUUGUAGAGAGCUGGACCACGAUCGCGAUCCCAACGAUCGAUUGGAUCGAUGAGAACAACAUGAAGUAUCGCGAUGACAAGGCUCCCACCUUUGUCGGUGCAUACGAUUGGGAUCUCAACUUUGGCUGGUGGGGUCGAUGGUCUCAAAAAAAGCAGAACGAGAACAAGAUGGAACCGUUCGAUACGCCUGCCAUGGCUGGAGGAUUGUUCGCGAUCAAUAGGACGUUCUUCGAGCGCAUUGGAUGGUACGACGAUGGCUUCGACAUCUAUGGUAUCGAGAACAUUGAACUUUCCGUUAAGAGUUGGAUGUGUGGAGGGAAGAUGGUCACAGUUCCUUGUUCUCGAGUAGGGCACAUCCAGAAGACGGGCCACCCAUAUCUUAACAAACAACCGAAAGACGUUGUGCGUGCGAACUCGAUCCGGCUGGCCGAGGUGUGGAUGGACGAGUACAAAAGGAUCAUUUUCGACAUCUACGGCAUACCGCAUUACUUGGAGGAGGAGUUCGGCUCAGUGGCCACACGAAAAGCCAUCCGGGAGAGUGCCAAAUGUAAGCCGUUCAGCUACUACCUCGAGAACGCAUUCCCUGAGAUGCACAACCCCCUGGUGCCUGGUGCUUUCCGCGGAGAAGUUCACAACAUGGCUCUGGGCAAUGGUAGCUGUUUGACGUACCGUACCCGAGACCACUUCCUCGGGAUGGCACCGUGCGAUCAUCUGGAGAAGGAUCAGUAUUGGACCCACAACUACUACCAGGAGCUGAAUAGCUACCGGAACUGUAUCGAUGCCGUCGGAACGGUCGUGGAGGUGUACCAGUGCCAUCGAAGCCGUGGCAACCAGGCCUGGAAGGUGUUGGUGGAAAGUCAACAGAUUCUGAGCGUUGCGCGGAACCUCUGUUUAGCUUUGAAUCUGCAAACAAAAACGACCCUUCUGUUGGAGAAAUGUGACGCCACGAAACCGAGUCAACAGUGGAACGUUUCAUACAUCGAGCUGGAUGUUUCAAUGCUUAGGGAACAUUAACCGAGAAGACUCGAUUUGAUUGUUGUUUAGUUUCUAACUCUCCUCUGCGGCUCCGUUCCGUGGAAACAGUGUCAUAUUGUAUCGAUUCAGAUUGUAUUGGUGAUUUAAAGGAACUCUCUCUCUCUCUCUCCUUCCUGGAAUCAGACGCAAAUCGUUCUGCUUAACGGCACAAAGCUGCUAUUAUACUCGAAAUACAUCUGGUCUCAUAACAAACUCCUUCUGCGUGGUACGCAGAUCGUCAAAUUUACUUCUCCAGGAACCGGGUUUCUAUACUUCAUCUGCGUCAAUGAGCUGGCCAUCGACCGCUUGGAGGCGGUUUGCAUUUGUGAUCGUUUUAGUGUUGAUGUUGAGUGUCAAUGUACUAUUUUUCCAAUACAACGAUGAGGUAAAAAAGCACAUCAACGUGUGGAAUUUGAAAUUAGUUGGUAGUGUUAAGAGUAUCACCAUUAGAUCGCACAUUACAUCACAAUAUCUACCGGGACAUUUAGGUGAAUCGGUAAAAUGGGAUCAAUCUGAUCGAGAGAUCACCGGAUUUGUGGAAACAAGUAUCAAGCAAUACGGUUUCAAUGAGUAUGCAUCGUCGCUUAUAGCAACGAAACGGGUCUUGCCCGACCUGCGACAUCCGGAAUGUGUUACUAAUGUGCGAAGCAAUCGCACCCUGCCAAAGACAUCCAUCGUGAUCGUGUUCUACAAUGAACCGUGGUCUGUUCUGCUACGAACGGUUCACUCUGUCUUGGACAACUCACCUUCAGAUCUUGUCGAGGAAGUGUUACUCGUUGACGACUGUUCUUAUCUACCUUUCUUGAAAACUGCACUAGAGGAGUACUUCAAAACGUAUAACAACGUUCGCAUUCUACGAGCUCCCGAGCGGCUGGGACUGAUCAACGCAAGAAUAUUCGGCAAUAAGCAUAGUACCUCUCCGGUAGUGACCUUUUUAGAUGCACAUGUUGAGUGUACGAAGGGAUGGUUGGAACCUUUGUUGGAGCAGAUCGCGGAGAAUGAGCAGACAAUCUCCGUUCCACUGAUCGAUCGUAUCGAUCAUCUCGAUAUGCAUCUUAUCACAAAUGUGUCUUCCGAUCUGUUUGGAGCUUUUGAGUGGGAUCUCAACUUCGGCUGGUGGCAUCGUUCCACCUUUCCCCGUCGGCAAAGUCAGCGGGCUAGCGAACCGUUCGAAGUGCCAGCAAUGGCUGGAGGGAUAUUUUCGAUUGCCAGACGUUUCUUUCAACGGCUCGGAUGGUACGACGACCAGUUUCGGGUGUAUGGAAUGGAAAAUGCGGAGCUGUCAAUCAAGUGCUGGUUGUGUGGGGGAAGGAUACUAACGGUGCCCUGCUCUCAUGUGGCACACAUCCGCAAAAGCGCCCAUCCGUUCAUUGACAACGGGCAUCAGAAUGUGACGUUUGUGAACUCGAUUCGUGUGGCGGAGGUUUGGAUGGAUGAGUACAAGCAGAUUGUGUUUGAUGUCAACGGCAUACCGGGCUAUUCGGAGGAUUUGUUUGGAUCCGUGUCGGAUCGUAAUACAUUGCGAGCAAGUGCUGGUUGUAAAUCGUUUAAGUACUACUUGGAGCGAGCCUACCCAGAAAUGCCCUAUCCAAUUGUACCGGGACAGUUUCGUGGUGAGAUUCACAAUGCUGCACUGGGAAAUGAAACGUGCCUAGCAGUGCGAACAUCAGCAACUUCAACGAUCGGUAUGAUACCGUGUGAUAAGCGUAACCAAACACAAUACUGGGUGCACAACUUUUACCAAGAGCUCAACAGCUACAAGCGUUGUAUCGAUGCUGGAUCUUCAGGAACUGACGUUACUAUAGUUGCCUGCCAUCGGAUGCGUGGUGCUCAAUCGUGGAGCUACGACACAGAGCGGUUGCAAAUAAAAAGCCUCUCCCGAGAGCUGUGUCUUGCGGUUGAUCUGGCAUCUAACGAUGGUUUAGUGAAACUAGAACCUUGCGACGAGCGUAAACUCACACAACAGUGGAAUGUUACCUUGACAGAGUACCCGUUUUGGCAGCCAUAAACCGGAUACAAUCGGAAUAAAGAGAUGUUUCACAAGAGUUCAAUAUAAAGGGAUCUUUUUGUAUUCACUA